CCCUAUAAAAACCCUCCUGGGCCCUCUCCGUGCCGUAUAGCCGAACCCCGCACUCGCCCAGGAGAUGAUCGACGGCGGAGAUCGCGCUUUGCCGGAAUCCGUGUCCGAGCCCAGCCGUUGAUGGCGGAUAUCUACGUCAAGAUGGUCGGAGAAGAUGACUCCCCGGACAAAUGCCGCGAGGCCCGCCGCCGGAGGAUCGAGAUGCGGCGCUUCUCCGCCGUCGCCGGGGACUCGCCCUCUACGGCGGGGAGCCUCUCCCGAAGGGCGGAGAGGAAACGGGAGGCGGAGGCGGCCGAGUCCGAUCCUUCCACCGACGGCGGCGAGAAGCGGAGCCGUCCCGCUUGGGACGACUCUCCGACGCCGCCUCCUCCACCAUCCUCGGCGACGCCCUCUUCUCCUUCAACCUCUUCCUCGCCGGCCGAAUCAACUGGAGCACCAGCGACCGCGUCGUGCUCCGCACCGGCCCCGGCCCAGGCCCCGGCGGUCGAGCCUCGGCUGGCGUUCGGCUCGAUUUCUCUCUCCGGCCGGUUGAGGGAGAUGGAGGACGCCGUCUCCGUCCAGCCCGGGUUCUUCCGGCCUCCCGGCGGCGGCUCGAUGCUGCACUUCUUCGCCGUUUUCGACGGCCACGGAGGCUCCCACGUGUCUGCGCUGUGCAAGGAGCGGAUGCACGUGAUACUGGCGGAAGAGCUGGCGGCGGCGGGGGAGGCGGAGGCGACGGAGGAGGACCGGUGGAGGGCGGCGGUGGCGCGGAGCUUCGAGCGGAUGGACGAGCUGGCGCUGACGGCUUGCGUGUGCGGCAACGUGGGGCACCCGCCGUGCCGGUGCGAGCGGUCGGGGAUUGAGUCGGACAUCGUGGGUUCCACGGCGGUGGUCGCCGUCGUCAGCCGCGACCGCCUCCUCGUCGCCAACUGCGGCGACUCGCGGGCGGUGCUCAGCCGCGCGGGCCGUGCCGUUCCGCUCUCCUGCGACCACAAGCCUGACCGGCCGGACGAGCUGGCAAGAAUAGAAGCAGCGGGCGGGCGGGUGAUCUUCUUGAAUGGUGCUCGCGUCCAUGGAAUCCUUGCAAUGUCACGGGCCCUAGAGAACAAGAUGGAGAAAUUCGUUAUGGCUUGUAGGAAUGCGACUGUUCAGGCAGAUCAUGAGAGGUGUCUUAGUGCAGAAACUGUUGUAUCAAUCAACAGUUUUACCUUGUGAACUAAUGUAGUGCAUAAGAGUGGAACAAAGAACUUAUGUGGAGUUAUGGAUAAUACACAGAAGAAUGGAACAAUUGAGGGACGGGAGUCUUGAUCGACUUUAUAUGCUAAUUUAGUACCCUGAAUAUUCAAUAAUAGAUGAGAAAAAUGUGAUUACAUUAUGGGAAUUUUACCCUUUUUUUUUCCCUUAAAAAAGAGGAUGUAUUAUUCUUAACCACAAAGUCCUUGAGGAGUUUCGCAUGGUUGCUUCUUGUUCUUGAGCAAAAGGGUCGAGCAUAUUGUGAUUUAUAUAUUGCAGCAGGUUACCUUGUAAUACAGCUCAUUUAUUUUAUUUUAUUUUAUUUUUGGAAGAGAAAGUAGGGAGACCCAUGUCCACUAUCAUUACCUAGGUCUAGAUUCUUAGAGAUGAACGGUCCAAGAAUCAAAACUAGAGCCUCUAGUUGCUAAAUAGAGAGGUGUUGUUAUGCUCCAAAUCUGGGAUAUAACUUGGCCAUGCUAUCGAGGGGUAUAGCCCACGAUAACACAAAGCCAAUAAUUACAUUCAGCUUCCAAAUCCCUCAUAAACAAAAUAGAACAAAAGAAUCCAAUUUCAUUAUCCAUUAAAUAAUAAAGCAAACACCUGUUCAAAGCAUCUAAAUCCAAAUAAAAAUACCAAAAUCUAUAAUUUUGAAAAUUCAGAAAAUUACCAACUACAAAUUCAUAGGCAAUUAGAGAACCAAAAUUUUGCUACAAAACCACCAAGUUUGCUAGCACAAACUUUAAGCUUGGACCAUCCUUCAUUCUUAGUGAUCCUAUUCGUCUGGAAA